AACGACCAAAAAACCAGCAAAAUGCCAAAAACAAAGUGGCGAUUAAACCAAUCCAUCAUUCUAUUUUUUAUUGCACAGUUCUCCGUCUCGGCAGCCGUAAAAUGUUUCGAUUGUGUCGGUAUGGAUUGUAUGGGAAGUUUCUGUGAAGGCGAGUACUGUAUGAUAUCACAAUAUGCACCACGAUGGGGUACAGCGAGAUGGGGAGAGCCGGAGAUUGUUAAGGGAUGUGCAAAAGGAUCAAUGCUGGGAAAAGAUGUUCGAAGUCACUGUGAAUAUGCAGAAGACACUGACGAACCAUUCACAUGCUUCUGUAAUGGAAAAGAUCUUUGUAAUUCGAGAAAAUCCAGCCGAAAACUUGAACGGGAAGAUGUGGAAUUGAUCCAAUGUGUGUGCAGUGGAGCGCAUUGUAAAAACGACAAAACAUGUGUCGGAGAACUGUGCACAUUUGUGGAAAACCAUGUAACGGAGCAAGUUGAGCAGGGAUGCACCAACGCGUCAGUGCCGCUUAUCGAGCGAAGAGCCAUCGGAAGUUGUAUGGCACCGCCCAUCACUGGAGCCAUGCACCAUACUGUUGCUAAAGACGCCCACUCCCUUCUUGGCGUGGAAUCGUGUAUUUGCGGCACGGAUUACUGUAACAGUGAAAAACCAAAACCUACAGCACCUGAAAACGAAAAGUGUACCGCGUAUGUAGAGGUGACCACAAUGGGAACAACUACCCGAUCCAAGAAUAUCAGUUGCACUGGAGAAUAUUGUUAUACGGCGUCAAUCAAAUCGAAACUCGGAAUAAUGUCAUCCUACCGUACCUUAGGAUGUGCCUCUUUUACAGGAGAAGAUCCACUUCCAGAAGAACUUGACCCGACAGGAUGUGCUACUUUUACGUCGGAAAAUCUGGAAGUGAAGACGUGUUUUAAGACAAAGGACAAAGCUGCCGUUGGACGGGCACUCGCGUCGAAACAGAUUCCAGAAUCAAGGCAGUCAAAGCCGUCAAAAGGAAAUAAACAAAAAUCCCAAAAAUCAAAGUCAAAGCCAGUAAUGGAGGUGGAGUACGAUAACGAGGAGGAUGAAGAGGAAUCUGAGGAAAAAGAGGAAAAAGUUAAGGGAAAAUCAAACCAGAAAACAGUAAAAGAACGAAUUCGAGCAGAAGAAGCACGAAAAACUGUAGAAAAAGAGGAAGAAGAGGCCGAGGAAGAGGCCGUGGAAGAGGAAAAGGAGGAGAAGGCCGCGGCCGCCGUCGAGUCUAGUUCAAAGAAAUCAUUUAUCUUCCAAAAACCAACACAACCACCAAUUCCUGAUGAUUCUAAUACUACUAUGAUAACCGUAUUCGUGCUCAUAAUUUUGUGCAUUCUUGGCUCCGGAAUCGUCUGGAAAUUCGAAUUGCACAAAAAACUGAAGAGAAGCAACUAUGACUCGGUGGCCGGUGGAUAAUUUUUAGGGAAAAUUGGAUUUUUCGUAAAAUUUUGAAUUUUUUUUGAUAUAAUUUGAGACCUAGAACUAUAACUAUUAUUUUUCACUUACCUAAUUUAUUUAUUUUUCUUUUUUUUAAAUAUUUUCAAAAUUUUUAAUAAUUCCAUUAAUAUGAGUAGAUGAUCGCUAUAAAUCCCCCCGAUUUCGCAAUAAUUUCGAGAUUUUUUUCCCAAUAAAUUUUCUGAUUUU